AUGCAUGAUUCCGAGGGGAAUGAUGACUGGUACCUGUGUGCCAUCGCUGACUUUGAUGGUAGUGUGCAUUCGGGCUAUGUCCCCGCGGCUUACUUGCAUAUCAUUGAGGAUGAGUCUGCGAACGAGAUGAUGGAGGAUGCCAUGACCGACGGAGAAACGCCAGAUGAUGUGUUGCCGUCAAUGCCGGAGUCGAUUGCAGAAGCUGACGAGGAGGAUGACGAUGACUCAUACCUACCACCCCCACCACCAGAACCAAUGGAAACUCUAGAGGAGGUGCCCUCAGUCCCGUCUCUGCCAGAGUUACCUGCACCUCCUCCGUCCGAGCCUUUGAAACCUCUUGAGGAGGUGCCCUCAGUCCCGUCUGUGCCACAGUUACCUACACCCCCAGUCCUCCCGGAGACACCUUCAACCCCAACCAUUCCAGUGAUUGCGAUAGCGGCUGGAUUGGCCUCCGCUGCCCAGGCGAAUUUGCGCGCCAAAAAGAACCAAUCAGAACCCGGGAAGAAGGCUGUCAUGGUCCAGUCCGAUUUGCGCGCCAAAAUUAUGCAAUAUGAGCCAAUCAGCUUAGCGAGAUAUGAGUACGCCAAUGCGCACGCGUUGCACGGCAUGAGUUACACAGUGGGCUGUGGUGUGUGA